GCCGCCGUAAGCACCACCCCCAGGGUGGGCGGGGCCAGGGAGGUGACGGGCGGGGCUGAGAUCUCUCCGGGUCAGUGCCGCCGCUGCCGCCGCCUCCGCCAUGGCCGCCCCGGAACCCAGCUACUCUCGCUUGUCUCUCGAGGAUGACUUCAACUACGGCACCAGCGUGGCUUCAGCCAGCGUCCACAUCCGAAUGGGUUUUCUGCGGAAAGUCUAUAGCAUUGUUUUUCUUCAAGUUCUCUUAACUACUGUGACAUCAGCAACUUUUAUGCAUUUUAAUAACAUACAGAUCUUUAUAUCUAAAAGCCCUGCAUUGAUGUUGGUGUCUCUCCUUGGAUCUUUGGGUUUGAUUCUGGCAUUGAUGUUAUAUAGGCAUAAACAUCCUAUUAACUUGUACCUGCUCUUUGGAUUUACAGUCUUGGAAUCUUUGACUGUUGGUGUAGCAGUGACAUUCUAUGAUGUGUAUGUUGUUCUGCAAGCUUUUAUGUUGACUACUGCAGUAUUUUUCGGUUUGACUCUAUACACUUUACAGUCCAAGAGAGAUUUCAGCAAAUUUGGAGCAGGACUUUUCGCCUUUUUGUUUAUCUUGCUCUUGUCAGGAUUCUUGAGGUUCUUCUAUGAUAAUGAAUUGGUGGAGGUAAUCUUUUCUGCAAUGGGAGCUCUUCUGUUCUGUGGAUUCAUCAUUUAUGAUACUCAUCUACUGAUUCACAAACUGUCCCCUGAAGAGUAUAUAUUGGCUGCCAUCAACCUCUACUUGGAUAUCAUCAAUCUGUUCCUGCACCUAUUGCGUUUAUUAGAAGCAUUUAAUAAAAAGUGAUUGAGAACAGUAAAGUGUUUGAUUAAAUAAUGAGGCUUGGAAUAUAGAUCGUUAAAAAUUAUUUUGCUCUCUAGUUACUCAGUAGUUGUGAGAUUGAAGCUUUACUUUUUUUUUAUAUCUACCUGCUACCAGAUUUUUGAUUUAGAACUUAUGAAUAAUGUUUCAUAUUGCAAUAAAGUGUUUGAUUAAAUAAUGAGGCUUGGAAUAUAGAUCGUUAAAAAUUAUUUUGCUCUCUAGUUACUCAGUAGUUGUGAGAUUGAAGCUUUACUUUUUUUUUAUAUCUACCUGCUACCAGAUUUUUGAUUUAGAACUUAUGAAUAAUGUUUCAUAUUGCUGUCCACUUGAUUUUGGAUUCUUCUUCAAAAUGUUUAAACUUAAUAGCUCUAACAAUAUUUAUUCUUGUAAAGACUAGAAUUAGGUUUUGCCCCCAAGGAAAUUCUUAAUUAAAAUUUUAUGUUACCUUUGAUUUCAGUAAUGAGAAAUUAAAAAUCUUGUCUUGUUUUUUCCUGCUCUAAAUUUGCCAUAGGUUGAUAGUUUGAAAUUCAGAAUUGCUUCAUGAAUACAUAAUAUAAAGUUAAGGCUUUCUUUGUAGGGUGAUUUUUUAAAAUAUAUUUUUCCUUAAGUACCAUUCUUAAAGUUUUUAUUUGAUUUGCAUUAUAUUUUGAAGGCCUUAAUUCCAUUAAUCUUAAUCAGAAGGAAAAUAUUUAAUUGAACAUUUUGGCGCCAUGCAACUGAUGCUUUCAGAAUAUUCAGUAUUGUAAUAAAAGAUCUAUUUUAAGAUAAAAUAUAAAGUAUGAAUGACAAAUAUUUAAAUGUUGUAUAGGUUUAACUUUAAAUUCAGAGUGUGUUCAUGUAUUUAGGAUGUGCAUAUGCUAUUAAACAACCUACAUUUCAAAAUGUAGGCAGAAAAAUGUA